AUGACUUCAGUCCAACUCAAAACGCCACUUACUGGCGAAUAUACUCAACCCACAGGAUUGUUCAUCAACAACGAAUGGGUCAAAGGUGUUGAUGGAAAGACUUUUGAAGUCAUCAAUCCUGCCACUGAAGAAGUAAUCACUUCCGUACACGAAGCCACUGAGAAGGAUGUCGACAUCGCCGUCGCAGCUGCACGAAAAGCAUAUGAAGGAGAGUGGAGCAAAGUUACACCUGAAGGUCGUGGCAAAUUACUUGCCAAGUUAGCAGACUUGGUUGAGAAGAAUGCCGAUCUAUUGGCAGCUGUCGAAUCGUUAGACAACGGAAAGGCAAUCUCAAUGGCAAAGGGUGACGUUGCCGCCGUCGCUGGAUGUUUAAGAUACUAUGGUGGAUGGGCAGAUAAAAUUGAAGGAAAGGUUAUCGACACCGACCCAGAAUACUUCACAUACACAAAGCAAGAACCAAUUGGUGUCUGUGGUCAAAUUAUUCCAUGGAACUUCCCAUUGCUUAUGUGGUCAUGGAAGAUUGGUCCCGCUGUCGCAACUGGUAACACCGUCGUUCUUAAAACCGCCGAACAAACCCCUCUCUCCGCACUUGUUGCCGCAAACCUCAUCAAGGAAGCCGGUUUUCCUCCAGGAGUUGUCAACAUCAUUUCGGGUUUCGGAAAGAUUGCAGGUGCGGCCAUCGCAUCUCACAUGGAUGUUGACAAGGUCGCUUUCACUGGUUCUACCGUUGUCGGUCGUCAAAUCAUGAAGGCCGCUGCUGGAUCCAACUUGAAGAAGGUCACACUUGAACUCGGAGGAAAAUCACCAAAUAUCGUCUUUAAUGAUGCUGAUAUCGAGAAUGCUAUCUCCUGGGUUAACUUCGGUAUCUUCUUUAACCACGGACAAACUUGCUGUGCUGGUUCAAGGGUUUACGUUCAAGAUGGUAUUUACGACAAAUUCGUUGAGAGAUUCAAGGCCCGUGCCAUCGCCAACAAGGUUGGAGAUCCAUUCCACCACGAAACAUUCCAAGGUCCACAAGUCUCCCAACUUCAAUAUGACCGUAUCAUGGGUUAUAUUGAUGAGGGUAAGAAGUCUGGUGCCACCGUUGUUACUGGUGGUGAGAGACAUGGUGACAAGGGAUACUUCAUUCAACCUACCAUCUUCUCUGAUGUUACUGAAGAUAUGAAGAUCAUGCAAGAGGAGAUCUUCGGACCUGUUUGCUCUAUCGCCAAGUUCUCUACUGAGGAGGAGAUUAUCAAGAUCGGUAACGGCUCCAACUACGGUUUAGCCUCUGCCGUCCACACUCAAAACCUCAACACUGCUCUCCGUGUAUCCAAUGCUCUCAAGGCAGGUACAGUCUGGGUCAACUGCUACAAUAUGCUACACCACCAGGUACCAUUCGGUGGAUACAAGGAAUCCGGCAUUGGACGCGAAUUGGGUGAAGCAGCUUUGAGCAAUUACACACAAACCAAGUCUGUAAGAAUCAGAUUGGGUGAUGCUCUCUUCGGUUAA